AAAAUUGAAGUAUGCCCAAUAAUAUAAGUUUCAUCUUCAUUUCUGAAAUAUAGAAGCAAAUUGAGGAUUCAUUAAUCCAGUGUCUUAUUUUCACUGAAUGAUAAUUCCAUUAAACUGGGUUCAUCAACAAUGCAAAAGAACUGCAGUUUCAAAAUCCACCCUCUUCUUUCCCCAGCUCUAGAUUUUUCCGGAGAAAAUAUAGUAGCAUCUAAAGAGGCCUUGGGCAGGAUGAAAACGAAGGAAUCCAUGAGAAACACUAGCCUCCAAAAGUCAAUGGAAAAGAUUAAAUUUGGUGUUGAUCAAUGCCUGGAUUCUUCAAUUUUCAUCUUGGGUCUGCAAAGAGUAACAGACUAACUUUCUAUAAGAAGAAAUUCCAUUUAAACCGUAUGAAUGCUGAAUAAAUAAUGAAAAUUUAACAAGCUCAGAAAGAUCUGCUCAACCAAAACCAUUGAACCAAAGCAAAUAAUGAGAAAAAAGUAGGAAGAGACUCAAAUGAUUAGUGAAACUUACAAUAAAUUGAAUAUUAUUAUCGGCUAUAAAAUUAUAAUAAAAUAAAAAUUAAUUUUAAAAUGAUGAAUUUGAAAAUAUUUAAGGAACAAAGGUUUGGCAGGAAGGCUGAUGGAAUUGUAGAUCUGUUGAAGAGUGAAGAGGUGGGUUUCAAAUAAACUAACGGUUGGUGACCUGUAAUAUCUAGUAAUCAGUCACUAUCAUUUCGGCGACAUUCUCUCUAGGAUCUGCUUCUAAGUUCUUCCUCUCUCCUCCUCUCUUCUUACUUUUUGAAUUUUUUUUAUUACGUAAAAUUCUUUUCAACUUUAUGUUUCAUUUAUUUAUAUUUGAAAAAAGUACAAUUCCGGCCAGAAUGGUUUCGGCGACGGUGGAUUCAGAGGCGGACAUUCUCUCCAACCUCAACAUCAACGCCGGGGAUUGGCCUUCUAAUCUUGUCAAGAAUCUCUGCCUCCUUUCUCCGGACCAGAUUGAAUUGGGUAAGAUGUUGGUGGAGAUGGGGCAGAGCCAUUUGUUUCAGCAAUGGACAGAUGCUGGCGUCGAGGACGACAAAAAGAAAGCAUUCUUCGAUCAGGUUGCGAAGCUAAAUACAAGCUAUCCUGGCGGUUUGGCAUCGUAUAUUAAAAAUGCUAGGGAGCUCUUAGCGGAUUCAAAAGUAGGGAAGAGCCCAUAUGAUGGCUUCACACCUUCGGUUCCCACAGGAGAGGUUCUCUCUUUUUGUGAUGAUAAUUUCAUCAAAUAUGAGGAGGCAGGUGUUAAAGAAGCCCAAAAUGCUGCAUUUGUUCUUGUUGCAGGGGGUCUUGGUGAACGUCUUGGAUACAACGGAAUUAAGGUGGCACUUUUAGCAGAGGCCACUACCGGAACAUGUUUCUUACAACUCUACAUUGAGGCUAUUCUUGCUCUUCAGGAAGGUAGCUGUAGGCUCACACAAGGCACAUUUCAAAAAGAUAUUCCUUUUGUUAUCAUGACAUCGGAUGACACACAUACCCGCACAUUGGAGGUUUUGGAAUCAAAUUCUUACUUUGGGAUGAAACCUACACAAGUCAAACUUCUUAAGCAGGAAAAAGUUGCAUGUUUAGAUGAUAAUGAUGCUAGGCUUGCUUUGGACCCUCAUAACAAAUACCAAAUUCAGACAAAACCUCAUGGCCAUGGUGAUGUGCACUCCCUUCUUUACUCUAGUGGCCUUCUGAAAGUAUGGCUUGAUGCUGGUUUGAGAUGGGUUCUCUUUUUUCAAGACACAAAUGGACUUCUUUUCAAGGCCAUUCCGGCAUCUCUAGGAGUCAGUGCUACUAAACAAUACCAGGUCAACUCUCUUGCUGUUCAACGGAAAGCAAAAGAGGCCAUGGGAGGAAUUACAAGACUUACUCAUAGUGAUGGAAGAUCAAUGGUGAUCAAUGUGGAGUACAAUCAGCUUGAUCCUCUGCUUAGAGCUGCUGGACAUCCUGAUGGAGAUGCUGAUUGUGAGACUGGUUAUUCUCCUUUCCCAGGAAAUAUAAACCAACUUAUUUUGGAGCUUGGUCCAUACAUUGAGGAGCUGACAAAAACAGGAGGGGCGAUAAAGGAAUUUGUUAACCCUAAAUAUAAAGAUGCCAGUAAAACAUCAUUUAAGUCCUCAACUCGACUAGAGUGUAUGAUGCAAGACUACCCUAAAACAUUGCCUCCAACGGCAAGAGUUGGAUUUACGGUGAUGGAUAAAUGGCUUGCUUAUGCACCUGUGAAAAACAACCCUGAGGAUGCUUCUAAGGUACCAAAAGGAAACCCAUAUCACAGUGCAACUUCUGGAGAAAUGGCCAUUUAUCGUGCAAACAGUCUCAUCCUUGUAAAGGCUGGUGUCCAAGUGGAGGGUCCAGUACAACAGGUUUUCAAUGGACAAGAGGUGGAAGUGUGGCCGCGUAUUACAUGGAAGCCUAAAUGGGGGCUUACUUUUUCUGAGAUCAAAAGCAAAGUUCGUCAAAGUUGCUCGGUGUCUCAAAGAUCUACCAUGGUCCUUAAGGGCCGCAAUAUCUUUCUUGAAGAUCUAUCCUUGGAUGGAGCUCUUAUCAUCAACUCUAUUGAUGGUGCAGAGGUUAAAGUAGAAGGAUCAAUACAAAACAAGGGCUGGCUUCUUGAGAGGAUUCACUACAAAGAUUCGAGUAGCCCCGAGGAGCUGAGGAUCAGGGGUUUCAAAAUCAACAGAUUGGAGCAAUUGGAGCAAACUUACAGUGAAACUGGCAAAUUCAUCUUAAAGCCACAAUGUUGAAGAUAUACGGAGACGCAGCAAUUCAUUUGUUCUUUCUGGGAAAGCUUUAUGUGGAGACACUAUCAUUUACUUGAUAGCAGGAAUAAAUCCCUUUCGUUCAGUAAUCUGUACUACUACUCUUGGGCAGGUAAAACUCUGUUUUAUUACUCGGGAUUGUAGGUGAGUAUUUUUGUCAUUUUCAAAAAGUUUUCCUAUAAUAAUUAGGAAAGAGGUGGAAAUUUUGUAUUAUUUUCAAGAAAGAGUAGCAGACAUCUACUUGCAUUUUGUUCAUAAUUUGAUGUGUAUUAUGUUUAUACGUUUAACAAUAAUUGUUUUGGAGUCUAAAA